AUGGCUGUGGAAUCCGAGAGGUCGCCCUGCCCUGACGGGACAGCCGGUGGACCCAAAGCUGCCCAAGAUGAUGUGCCUCCAUCUCUUACCCGAAGAUCCGCCAGCGAAACUGACAUGAGGGAACUGCCACGUUCGACCCUCAAGUCUCAGGUUCCCUUCAUGUCGCAGCUACCUAAACCCUCGCAUGCUACUGCACCAGGCGUCUCUGGGCCUCCUUCCACCACGAACUCCACAAUAUCCUCCCGCGAACCCUCACCUUCCACUUCCUCCCAGCGCCCUCGCAAUUCAACCUCUACAUCGACUUCGCGUGUUUCCUCCCGAUCGCGAAAGCGACCGCUUGAGCGCAGUCCAGACCGAUCUGCUACAACAAGUCCGAACCCUGGCCCGGGAAAACUCCCCUCCCAGCCUAACAAACCUCUCGUCCUCAGCCCUCCCACAAAUGUCGAACCGUCCUCCGAUGCGCUUAGCCCGGACAAGAGCAAUAUGCCGUUGUGGGCCGGUUCCCGGCGGUCGGAGCAAGAAACUCAUCUGCCGAAUACCUCUAGCAAGCGGACCCAGGUUUCAGGUGAUGAAUACGUCGCCAAGUCAGACAGGAGCGCGCCUCGUUCCGUAAAUAGAGGAUCAAGCUCGGCUCUUGAAACCGUCCAGGAAGCGAGCGAUCACUCUACUCCCUCAACCGAUACUAUACUUCUCCAGCCCGCCCCGGAAGAUGCCAAGCUGGAAAAAAUCGACGAAGACUCGACUCCGAAAGCCUCGAGAAUCCAUACCGAAAGUGGUAGCGACAGCGGAGGUAAUAAAAGCUCAGAGCAAAUGGAAGAGAAUCGUCGACGUCCGUCGUUCGCGGCGAAGGGAUCCAACACCAUUCUACCGAAACGCUCUACUACCUCGUUGAGCGGUGGUUCCCGUUCGAAACCUGCCGAUGGCUCUGUUCGGAACAUGAUCGUCGAAACCGAGACUGUCAGUUCUAUACCUCAGGUUGGAUUGGGGGUAACCACCGGUGAUCGGGGCAGCUCCGGUAGGGUAGACCCCGGAACCCUACGGAUGAAACCUAGCACCGAGACCAUUCGACCCAAGAAAGAGAAAAGACGCACCCGCAAACCGACUGCGCUUACGACUGGCACUGCCUCCUCCAAAGCGGACAUCUUCGAAGCCAAGGUUGCCAGCGCUGUUGAUGAAGCCGACGUUUCCGAUUCGGACGAAACCUUUGUUUACGAGUCCAAUCCUCCAGAUCAGUACCCGGUUCGCCAAAGCAGAUAUCAUUCCCGAACACCAAGUGCGACGUCCAUGGCAAGUCAGGUGGAUCAGCUGGCUGGCCGUAGUCGCGCCGUCAGGGAAGGAAACCACAGUGUUACGGGCAAGCGCAGCAUGAAGUUCACGAACAAUACCUAUACCAGCAGUGUUGACGGAGAUGCCGACGAAGCUCCUCGGUCUCACCCAAGGAUCGAAGGAAAUGGUUCGCAUACUCCUCGACACCAUGUCGGGCGUCAUGGGCGACAAAACAUGUAUCCCUCUCUCUUUGAUUCCGACUCACCAUUUCCUCAAUCACAAGGGCACAAAUCUCCUCGGCACUUUGUUGGAAGUGGUUAUCGACAAGCCAGGCCGGGGGGAUCUCGCAACAACCAGAACUACCGUACCAUCAAUAGUUAUAAGAAAGCGAGCGAGGUCUACGGCUAUGAUUUUGAUGCCGAAGGCGCGGACGAUGAAAGGACGCCACUUGUUGGCUCUCCGCGCCAGGUGCGCAGCCGUGGUGGGAGACGUCCCAAUAGCGCCAGUCUGCGACAGAUUGAAUACAUGCAACAACGGCACCGCAGCUGUGUCUCCCGAUACGGAGCUUGUUUUUUAAUAAGCUUGUUAUUUCUCUUGCUAGUGGGAGGUGGGACAUCAUUCAUCGUCGCGAUCACUAAGCCUCUACUUGACGUCCAGGUUGUCGACGUUGAAAAUGUGCUCGCGUCGGAACAAGAGCUCAUGCUUGACCUCAACGUGCAAGCUAUCAAUCCCAACCUGUUUCCCGUCGUUGUUGACAACAUCGAUGUGAACAUCUUUGCCAAGAGCCGUUAUGUUGGGAAUGAUCAGUUUUGGCGUGACGAUUCCCCCGACCUCACGAGAUUGGGGCGGGCCGAACGCAGAAAGCGUGCUGACAUCACACAUACGGCACGCUGCGCUGACGGGUUGGAUUGUGAAUACGACGGCUUAUUAGAUCAGCUGGGACGUCCUAAACCCAAUGGUGGUGUGGACAAGGGUACUGAUCCAAUCCCGUCUGACCCGGCCGGCGACCACCAAACCAUGCUCAUUGGUCGCGUCUUCCGACUCGACUCGACUCUUACAUUCGAAGCGUCGCCGUGGCAUCGCGAACCUUCUACCUCCAAAGGCCAGAUUCGCCUCGCGCGACCCGGGAAUUCAACGGAAAAGGGCGGCACCGAGCGAUGGGAGCGGGUGUUGCAGCACCCAUUUGAGCUUGUCGUCGCCGGAGUCAUCCAAUAUCAACUGCCCCUCAGCUCCCGCUUCCACUCGUCGUCCAUCAGCUCCACUAUCAAGGUGACCCCCGACAGUGACGACGACAGCGAUGGCAAGAAGCACAAACACGACGACGAAGACGAAGACGACACAGUUGAUAUUUCCAUGACCAGUCAGAACCUUCCACCUAAUUCCGCGUUCCCGGAGGGCGAGACCCUCAAGGCCAUACGAGCUAUGAUCACCGAGACUCGAAGGGCCUUUGUGGCCUGA